AUGAUUCCCGUCGUCCCCGGCCUCGUCGUCUAUGGUAGCAUAAACAUGGAGGAGGUUGAACAUCCUUCCCCAAGGGUGAAGCAGAAUGAGCCACCAAAAAAGAAAAUGCCUCUUAUCACGACCUACAACUCGGAUGAGGAGGAGGAUGAUAUUGACGAUUUCGAAGCCAUUAUGCCUCCAUCGGAGAUGCGAGCGGAUAUCGCUCCAUUCCCGGCCUGCGAUGUUGGGGUUAUCGAUCUGACCAACGAGUCGACACCACCGCCCUCCUCCGACUCCUCCUCCGAUACUGACGAACCUAACGAGAAAAAGGAGGAGAAAGCAAACGUAGCUGCCCUCAUGUCAAAGUUCGGUCAUAUGAGCCUUCUCAAGUUGCUAAAUUCCAGUACGCUUCAACAACUCCGUCGCGCUCAUUCAUCCUCCGUCUUCGAAGAAAAGGAAAAACUACCGCGCUCCUUUGUGAUCUUUUUCCACGAGACUCUCUGCGCUGCGAGUAACCAUUCCCCACCCACGACGGCGAUGAUACAGCGCAGUUUCGGUGAGACUGUUGAAGACGCGAUGGCCCAGUGGAAGCGACUUUCCCCAGAAGAGCGUCGCGUUUACCGGAAACGAGCUUUACAUUCGAAGGCCUCCUACACCCAGCAUUUGCUUGAUCAUCGCGCCAAACUUCGAACAGUGGCUUCGCAAAAUACCCCCCGGUGUACCAAUCCACCUUGCCAACAAGCUGUGGUGUUUGACUCUCGCUGGAAUUUGAACUACUGCUCCGCAGCCUGUCUCGUGGCCAAUUGCAAGAAAACCUUCAAGGCGUGGCUUGGAUCUAAGCCUCCCCCCACCGACACUCAAAUUCCUCCUCUUCUAGCCCCUCUGUCUGUCACCGUGACGACGGUAACAGACGCCGUCAAGGUCGAUCCCAAUGGAGGUCCGCCUGCCGAGAAAGAGUCUCCUUCGAAUCCAAUGGACUCAAGCGAGAGAAAUCCUGUUAAGCCCACCGAGUCGCUGACUGUGGAGAGGAAAGUGGCAGGUCUCGUUGGUGGUUAUGCAGUGCAGCGGCACACUCAAGGAUUAUUAUCGCCGGCCAUCGCCUAUGUUGACGAGGUCUUCCUAAAUGGUGGGAUUAAGGAUCGCAUCUCAAAAUCAGUUCAAAACAAAGAAGGUGAUCUUAAAGAUGACCCGGGGCAGGGUCCUUUGUCAUGGCGUCGUAUCUAUCAUGACAAGUUGCAAAUGUGUAUUGGUCGGGGCGUUCAGACGCUGCAGAGGCAGGGGGUCUCAGAAAUAUUUAUUGAUCCUUUUACCGACGCAGAGAUGGCGGCGGAAACAGCCCACCUCGCCGCCUAUUCAUUUGAUGAGUUGAAGAACCCAAAAUCCCGUGUCAAUCAACCUCCAAUUUCCUGUUUUACCGCACAUCUUGACAACGAUCCGGAUGGGUUCCAGACUCGUAGAAAGCUCCUAGCUGCUUGGAAUCGGGGUCGGGUUCUCGCGCAAGCACAGAAUCAAGCGAGGCGAUGGAUGGAGAUGCCAGCAAAUCUGUUUCCCCCGGAGGUCUUUGCUCACGAGAUUGAAGAAGCGCUUUCCGAGGCUUUGAAAUCCGCAGCGGGUGAUGCCUCUCUGACUGUGGAGGUCCAUGACAAGAUGUGGAUUGAACAACAGGACAUGGGUGGAGUUCUGGGUGUUGCUAGGGGUUCAACUCGACCUCCGUGUUUUGUGGAAAUUAAUUUUGUGGGUGAUCCUUCGCGGCUCAACGAUCAUAUCGCUUUGGUGGGUAAGGGUGUGACUUUCGAUGCCGGAGGUAUCUCCAUCAAACCCUCCGCUGGAAUGGGGGAUAUGCGUGCUGAUAUGGGAGGAGCAGCAGUGAUUACUUCGGUGAUUACGGGUCUGAUUCAACUCCAGACGCCAAUUAAUAUUCGCGCAUAUCUGCCGUUGGUGGAAAAUAUGCCUGACGGCAACGCUAUUCGUCCGGGUGAUGUCAUCCGAAUGGCCAGCGGGACCACCGUUCAAGUAGACAACACCGAUGCUGAAGGGCGUCUAAUUCUUGCGGACGCCUUGCACUAUGCUCAAUCUCGAAAUCCACUCUUUCUGCUGGACGCAGCGACUUUGACGGGCGCGAUAUCCGUCUCUCUGGGCGAUCAGUACACCGGUCUUUUCUGCAAUCGCAUCGUUCAACAACGCAAUAUAUCAAAUAUUUGGCCUCCCGGUGUCGUUGGUGUCUCGGACGAGACCUCCGUUGCCUCUGGCACCGCUACCGAAACCUCCGCUGUCAAAAUUCCCACUAUAAUAGGGUCGCUAAAUCACUGUGGACUGGUGAAGAACGACCCAUUCUGGCACAUGCCCAGCCUCUACUUUAAGCAACUGAAAGAGAGCUCCAUCAACGCAGAUAUUGCCAACAUCACCGGUGGUGCAUUUUCCCGACUUGGAGGGUCGGGGGCCGCCUCGGCUUUCCUUCAGGUGCGCGACCCCUACCCCACUGAUUUGUCUAUUCAUCGACCCUAUUGUGUGCUAAUGCUCGGUCAUGGAGAUGUCUGGCUUUAG